UAGAUAGAUAGAUAGAUAGUGUUUUACAGUAGUGGAAAACUUCUUCAAAUAUUAGAUGAGGGGAAAAACAGAGUUUACAGUUUCCUGCGCUGCGCAUGUGGUCACAUGGAGAGAACACACACACACACACUCACACACACACACACGCACACACACACACCCCUCGCGCCCCUGUGCUCGGGAAGCGCGCGUGCGGAGCGGCCGGUCAGUGAGUGUGAGUGGUGAAACCAUGCGCUCUCUCGCGCUGUGUCUGUCGCUCGCGCUCCUGUGCGCUUUUCUCCGCUGCACCGCCUCCGAGUUCUCCUCCUCCUCCAAAUCCGACCUGGAGUACGAGUUCGGGGAUUACCGGGGCAAAUGGUGCAUCGACGAUCACGGCUUCGUGUAUAACAUCGGCGAGGUUUAUUACCCGGGGCGCGCCGCGUGCCCGUGCACCUGCACGGAGGACGGACCGGUGUGCGUGCGGCCCAAGUGCCCGCGCAUACACCCGCGCUGCACGCGCAUCAAGUACAAGUCCUGCUGUCCGGUGUGUGAGGCCAUCAGCAAGGUGUGUGUGUACGGAGGCAAAACAUACCGGCUGUUCGAGGAGUUCAGGAUAUCUCGGUGUGAGCGGUGUCGCUGUGAGGCCAGUGGUGAAGUGUACUGCAGUAUAUCGGACUGUCCGGCUCUGCACUGUGUAAACCCUGUAUACGAACCCAAGCACUGCUGCCCUGUGUGUAAGAGCGGUCCAAACUGCUUUGCGGGGAAUCGCAUCAUUCCGGCUGGAGAGCGAGUGGAGGUGGACGAAUGGACUGUCUGUUUCUGUACCUACAAAGACGGAACCUGGCAAACGCACCCUCACGCCACGUGUGAACAGCGCCAGCAGCCAGACGAAGACGUGUUCAAGCAGAUGGAGGAGCAGGAGAUGGAGAGAGAGAGGGAGAGAGAGAGGCAGAGAGAGAGAGAGCGCUUGCCCAGGUUGGAUGCUAUCCCAUGAUGGCUUGAGAAUCCACAGCCUGAAGAAACACAACCUGCGCAGUACUGAGUGCCAGUGCUGACCUCUUCCACCCCCUCCAGACCCAAGACAUCCAGGCUAAAACACUUCACUCACUGCAUUCUGGGAUACGUCUUACAUUUACACUCCCAGGAAACAUGGUGUGACAUGCUAAAAAUGUUUUCAUGAAUCCAAACAUCCAGAAAAGUUGAAAUAAAAUAUGUCAUAAAAGUCAGAUGAAUGCCAGAUGAACCCACUGAUCAGAUUCAUGUGAGACAUGUCCAAGUGUGUGACCUAAUAUACUCUUCACUCGCUAGUUAGCUUUCACUCGCUAGUUAGCUUUCACUCACUAGGUCUGUCAGACUCGAAGUGACUGCUCAAGUGACUGGUGUAGGUGAAGAUUAGCCCCGCCCACUUUACAAUUAAAAGGUUAGCAACUAUAGUGAAGAACAUGUGGACACUGGAAAGUCGUUGUACUGUGUGAGAGAGAAACGUAUCCUACAUUACGAAAAGCCCCUUACAUUUGAUAAAUUGGAAGUUCAUUUACUAAAAAGUAUAAAUAAAAAUAACACUUUAUUACUCAA